AUGUCUGCCCACCUGACCGCCGUCUACACGUCGCCCACAGCGACCAACACCUUCUCUUCCCCGCUCGAGUCCGCCCCCACCCAACACACCUCGUCCACAGACAAGUCGCAAUACCUCGCCGACUUGCGCCAAAAGGUUUCGCGCUUACAAGACGACAUCAACCAAUUCUUGACAGACAAGAUGGAUCAGGACAAGGCUGCCACUGACGCUCCCAACGACGACCACAGGGAAGAGGACAUGUACGGUGAGGAAGUCGUCGAUGAAGCCUGA